AUGGUGUCUGUCAUCGCUCUCGCCGCGCUUGCUGUCUCUUCCGUUGCCGCUGGGUCCGUUGAUACCAGCCAGAACGCUCAAGUCUCCAUUGAUUCGCUUCCGGUUGGCGAGUUCUACCGUCCUUCGAGUGAUGAGGUCACUGGUUACGCCGACUCGACCUCACCCGUCCCGUUCCGCCGAUCUCCGUGUCCUGGUCUGAAUUCGCUCGCUAACCACGGUCACAUCCCGCGCAGUGGCAAGAAUAUCACCCACGAGAACCUGGGCGCGGCUCUCAUGUCCGUAUUCAACUUCGACAAGAAUUUGACGCAGAUUUUACUGAACCAGGUGCCUGCCACCUUCUCGCUUGACAUUAUUUCACGUCACAACGUGCUUGAGCACGAUGCGUCCCUUGUGCACAAUGACGAGUACUUUGGCGGUGACCCGAUCAACAUCAACGAGACGAUGGUGGAGGAUCUGCUGAACCGCUCGCUGGAUGGUAAAACCCUCGGCGUGACUGAAGUCGGAGAGACCCGUAGGGAUCGUCUGGCUGAAUGUCGUGCCAACAACCCGGAGUGCGUCUUCGGUUCCAACCAGACUACAUUCUCGUACCUCGAGGCUGCAGUGUUCAUCGUCGGCUGCGGUGGCAAUGUCAACGAGUCAGUCACAGUGGAAGCUGCGCAUUCGUUCGUCUGGGAUGAACGUAUUCCGGACAACUACGUGGCAUCGGCGGAGCCUGUUGCUUUCAGCUACAUGCAAUCCGUGAUGGCAAAGCUGCUGAAGUUUGCUUAA